AGGACCUCAUCGAGUUCAAUAUCAUUGUACGUCUGCUAUCCUGUCGUGUUAGUGUUUCGGCGCCUUCGUAUCAGUUUCUGAUUGCAUUUUUGAAUCAUCUUUCUAAAAAAGAAAUAUUGCUGCAGUAUCUAUGCUAAGAGUAAGGGAAAGGGAAUGAUUUGUCGGAUUGUUGCUCUAUAUAGUUCCAUUGCGAGUCGUGCCGUUUUCAUCCGCUUCGUUAAUAGGCACCCACGCCCAACGCCUCGAGACUUUCUGCUGCUUGUGGACGCAAGCGACGAGGGAAACAAAUGGGCUGUUGCAGCUCAUCCCCCGGGUUUGUGAUGCCGGGGGUCCCCGGAGCCGAGAUCUUGGAUGACGAUGAGUUUAUGGAGACCUUGAUGACGUUGGAGUUGAUAUCCUGAGUAAAAACGUACCCACACCAGAGUCAGGAUGGGGAUUUUGCAACACAAACCUAGGAGUUUUGUGAGUCACGCAUGACAAGUUGCGCUAUGCAGUGUAGUGCAGGUUAGCACGUGCAGCCGCAUCGCAGAUUCAUCUGCUCAUCCUGUUCACAGCAACACAAAUUCCAAAACACAAUUGGAAAUGGCUCUCAUGGGGAUGCGCAUGUACAAGUCUUCCUGUCUUUGCAAAUCUGCAUUACAGCUCUGGCGUGGGUACGUUUUUACUCAGGAUAGUUGAAGUACAAGACCUUCGACAGCACCGCCCUCUACACCCGCGGAGAGCGGCAGCGGCAAGAAUACUCCGCCGACGAAGAUUCGUGGAAGCAGAUAAAGUACUUUGAGAAGCAGGACGAGACUUCGGCCGGGCUCAUCUUCAAGAUGAACUGCGGCGAGUAUGACAGUGCACAACUCCCCCUCCCCCUCAUUUGUCAUGCAAAAUACCAAACUCACACCUUGCUCGUAAGCACUGCUAGCAUGACAAAUUUUGGAACCUCAAAUAGUACUACAAUCCGCAUGCAGAUUUGUCAUGCGAAAGCCCCUUUUCUGCUGUUGCUUGUGUUGCUGUUCAUGCAACACAAAUGAGGGGCGGGGGAGUUGUGCACUGUCAUAGCGAGUGGCUCAUGCUGGAGCUCACCAGCGCCGGUUUCUGGUGGUCGCACCGGCUACCAACGGACUCGAAGCGCAUCGCCGGCUUGCAGAAGCUGACCACCUCGGAGACGUGGCGAAAGCCGGUCCCGAUUCACUUUGUCAGGAAGUUGCUAAACGACCAGAGGGAGCGGUGUUAUGAGCGAGGUAGAAUUUAUUUCUUCUAGUACCGGAAAAAAUUUCAAUUCUUCAUUGCUGCAGCUUAUCGCAGGUGCUCUUUCGAUACUCUGUGUGAUAUGGUCUCGGAAGAAAUAUUUCACGAAGCUUUUUAUCGAAAUUCACAGGUUCGUUGUUCAACUUUAGCGAGUUCGCCACGACAAUAUACCGGAAAAUUCUCGAAAAGGAUGAAGCCGAGGUCGCGGCGGAGAUCAAGAAACAGGGUAUCGAGUUGGCGUUGCUGACAGCGGAACAAAAGGCGGCGUUGCUUCACAAGCACCAUCGCGAUCUCACGCGGUUCAGUUCCGAUCCGAGAGAAGAGUAAUAUGCCAGAGAAAUUCGUCUAGCCCCCAGCUGCAUGAUCUGCGCCGCGAGCUGCAUGGGUGCUCCUGUGCACCAUCAGGGUUAGCCUGCGCAAACGAUGCUUUGGUGCAUCUACUUGCGCGCUGUAUCGGAGUACGCGAGCGACGUCGGCGACCACGAUACGGGCUCAGUGGAAAAAUCAAGCGACAAGAUUGAUGGGCUGCAGAGGACGCAAACCAAUUCGCUGAUGAAGGAGGUCCAGCGUACGCAAAACCCUCAGGCGCAUACAAAAUGUUUAUUGCACCCGGCGAACUUUUGCCAACGAGAAAUGCGACCAGUGACGAAGGCGGCCGGGCAGAACCAACUGGCAGACACGCGAAAGAGUGGUUCGAAGCGAACGCACGAGUGCUGCCUGGUACGGUAUUUAUUUCUGCAGGAAGAUCGUAGUGCUAGUUGCUCGGGAUGGCCCCGCCAUGAGAACAAAGCAGAACCAACCCGAAAGAGAACGAGAAGACGAAUUGAACCGUCCUGGGUACGGUGCCUCAUCAGGGUCAAUGGACCAAUGCUCUUCAUGUUGUAUGUCGCAAAGGUUACUGUGGUUACAGAACCAAUAGAUCUAAAUGUAAACGUUACAUUUCUUCAACGGACGAUAAAAAUCGUCUUGCGGUAUCUGACAGCACGAUUAAUUUGUCAGCGUAAAUCUAAAU